CGAUGGGUGGAGCCUCACCUUGACUUUGUAAACAUACCGGUUGCAAUAACCAAUGAUUAAUACCUGUUCGAAGAUACACGUAUAAAAGCGAAAGCAAGUGCUCUCAAAAGUAUUCUGACAAGAACACUCAUACAAACAUGUACGCCAAGAUCGUAGUUGUCCUGUGCGCCGCGGGCAUCGCCUCCGCCGGCAACCUGCUGCACGCCGCGGCUCCCGUAGCGUACGCCUCUCCCGUCUCCUCGUUGUCAUACGCCACGCACACGGCGCACGGCGCCCCCUUCGCCACGUACGCAGCUGCUCCCGUUGCAUCAUACGCCGCGGCUCCCGUCGCGUCAUACGCCGCCGCCCCCGUUGCCACCUACGCCGCCGCCCCCGUCGUCAAAUCCGUCGCUCCUGCCGUCUCCUACCAGAGCAUCUCAACCCACUCCGCUCCCGUCGCGUACGCCGCUCCCGCUGUAGCGACCUACGCCGCUGCCCCGGUUGUACACAAGACCCUCGCCCCUGUGGCCACUUAUGCCGCUGCCCCGCUUGUACACAAGACCAUCGCCGCGCCCGCCAUUUCUGCUUACCACUCUGCCCCCGUGGCUUACGCUCCCGCUCCCGCCGUGCACGCCUACCAGGCUGCCCCCGUAGCCACUUACGCCGCCGCCGCUCCCGUAGUCAAGACCGCUGUCACCUACUCCGCUGCCCCGGCUGUCUCCCAUGUCUCUUACUCCAGCGCCUACGGUAACUACGGCUGGUAAUCUAAGUUAAAACUGGUUGCGUUUUAUUAUUUAUUUUUUCAGUUUUAUACCGCUUGUAAAUAUUCAAAUAUAAAAAGUGAAAAAUA